CUUCCCUCGUGCAAGUGCUGGUUUUCCUUUUUCGUUUGCGUGCUUUGCAAAUAUUGUUUGGCCCUUCGGGAGCUUCAUCACCACCUUUUCCAGCGAUAGAUUUGCAGUGAUCCACGGUUUAAAGAGAGCUGUUAGGGGGAAAAGUAUUAAGGGUUUUCUUCUUUUUGGCUUUGUCUUCGUGGGCUUUGACCGUAACUUGUGAAGGGAGAAAAGGUGUUCAGGGUUAGCUUCUCUUAUGGAAGGAUUAGCUUUGCUUGUGGAAGGAACUAGUACCAUGGGGAGGGAACUCAAAGAUGUGGAGUUGGACAAGAAGGUUAAUGGCCUUGCCAUGAUUGCAAAUGGCGCUUCUUUUGAGAAAGUCCAUGUUGCCCCCAGAAUCCCAGAAGACAGCGUUGAUAAGGAGUAUGAGGUGAAGGAGUGCACAAUAGAAAGUUCGGCGCUCGAAGAAUGUCAAGAGAAGCAAGAGGUGCUGGGGGUUAAGAGCACGAACUUUGACGGUGAUGUGGCUGAUGAAAAGAACGAGAGGCUAGAGGAUCAGAAGCUGAGCAACAAUAGAAAGUCGAAUCCUUCGGUGACGAAAUCCAGUGCCAACGGCCGCACAAAUCAUACCGUUCCCCACCCAUUCACGCUGGCUACUGAAAAGCGGAAUAACUGUGUAACACGACAUGUCGGAGCUGAAUCUCCUGUCAGCAUGAACUCACUGAAUGCUAAUAAUAUGAAUUCACCUUUCAGAAGUCCCCAGCCAAGCACACCUCCAAUUUCAAGGAAGCCGCUGCAAUCUAGUAAUAAGAAGCAUCAAGAUGACGACGACAAUUGGUCUGUCGCUUCCUCAGCUGCUGCAUCUGUGCGAACAGUAAAAUCAGUUAAAUCCAAGAUAACUGUUGGUUCAGCUCCGACAUUUAGGUCCAGUGAACGUGCUGACAGAAGGAAGGAGUUUUACAUGAAAUUGGAAGAAAAACACCGGGCUCUGGAGGCAGAGAAAAGUCAAUGUGAAGCAAGGAACAAGGAAGAGCAAGAGGCUGCUAUCAAGCAGCUCAGGAAGAACAUGGUUGUUAAAGCGAAACCAGUGCCAAACUUCUAUUAUGAAGGGCCUCCUCCAAAAACUGAGCUUAAGAAGCUGCCACUCACUCGGCCAAAGUCGCCAAAAUUUGGCCGAAGAAAGAGCUGCAGCGAUGCAGUCAACUCUGCACCAGAGGAAAAGGGCAAAGCCUGUGGCCGGGCACUCCGCCACAGCAUUGGCAGUUGCAAACAAGAACCCAGCUCGGUCAAUAGUCCCAAAACUCCAAAAACUAAGAAUCAAGCGGGGAUUCGAUAUGGUAACACCACGGCUAAAGUAAGAGAGCAGCCACAUGAAGAAGAGACGGUGAACCCAACUUCUGCUCCUUGUAAUAUCCCGGAGCAAACAAUUACCGAUGUCGCAGUCCAAUCGUGAGUGAAGCGUUUUCUCUCUCUUACAUCUAACUUCAGUUGGGAAAAUGAAGCAGACUACUCUCGAGUGUCUCGGUGCUGUUUAGGGCUCUUGCAAGGAAAAUAGCCUGUUUUCUUGUCAUCCGAAGACAGCUUAUUUGUUGUGGUGAAUUGUAUAUGUUUAUUUAACUCUGUCGCAUCGAUGAUGUUGUUGAGGGAAAAAGGAACUUGUUAUAUCAUUACAUAUUCGGAGAGUUGGUGCCUUCCGUUGUGAACUGUACUAGUACUAGUGUUUCUGGGGAAGAAGAGUGACUAUUUGUGUAGUUAUAGAAACUAUAUAAUCUUGGUCCUUUCCUUUUGAUGCAAACUUCAUGUUACAUGUCGUGUUUGGAAUGUCGAGGGAAGAGAAACGAAGCUUCUUCUGUGGC